AUGCCUUCUACAUCCGAUUAUCUCCAUCCCUUGCGAACAGACGACCCGGAUGACUUCUCCGGAUCUGAUGAUGACUUGGACCUCGAGGAGCUGGAUCCUGACACGGCGCCAUCACACACAACCCGAAUCUCACGAGACUACGCAAGUCGCUCCCGAAACUAUGGACCAGGAAUAGCUCUGAGGAACCUUCGGGUGGGCGUGGGUAGUCGUUGGCGAAGUGUAUCUGGUCAUGGGGACCCGGAGGAAGACACAGCCGCACUGCUGGAUGAACGGGGAGAAGAUGGGACUCGCCAGUCACAUGGGAGCUCCCGCAACAUGACGGAAGCUGAUGCACCGCUGCUGGAUCGGCGGGGCUCUAUCCGCAUGCUCAAUGACGAGGGUCCGUCUAAACGGAGUUGGUUACGGAUGCCCAGUCUCAGAGGGCUAGGAUUCUUACAGAGCUUGUCGAACCGACUACAAGGAAAUGAUACAGAUAAGGAAAAUGCGCCUCCCCGAGGAGUUUUUGUUGGCCAGCAUCAGUCCAGCAAAUACCCCCCCAACAUUGUCUCCAACGCCAAAUACACACCCUGGAGCUUUCUGCCGCGAACGCUGUACAAUGAAUUCUCCUUUUUCUUUAACAUAUAUUUCCUUCUUGUUGCGCUUUCGCAAGUCAUUCCAGUGUUGCGGAUCGGCUACAUGUCUUCAUAUAUUGCACCCCUGGCCUGUGUGGUUUCCAUCUCAUUGGGCAAAGAAGCACUAGACGACAUCGGGCGGCGACGACGGGAUGCCGAAGCGAAUGCAGAGGAAUUCACCGUUGUGUCUCUCGAAGGAACAGUCAUGGAUAUAACUAAGAAAUCGCGAGACUUGAAGGUUGGGGACGUCCUCAAGGUUCGAAAAAACCAACGUCUGCCUGCGGAUGUGGUGAUCUUGAAGAGUGUUUCAAAUGACUCGGGCCCCUCCCGCCAAAAUUCCUUAGAAGGGACGGCUCCCGGGGCAUCUGCCGAUUUACUUGGUUCAGACCAGGAGCCUUCGGAAGCAGCUGCUGAUGCGAUAUCCAAUCUUGCUGAGCCUUCGUCUGCCAGUGACACAUUCAUCCGAACCGACCAGCUAGACGGAGAAACUGAUUGGAAACUGCGCGUUCCUUCUGCAUUGUCUCAAUCGCUCUCAUUUAACGACUUUACUCGACUGAAGAUCACAGCAAGUCCUCCAGACCAAAGAGUCAACGAUUUUGUGGGCACGAUUGAACUUGGACCCCCAAGUGGAUUUUAUGAUACUCAUGUCAACAAGUCAUCCACCCAGUUGCAAAACGGCUUAAGCCAGGAUGACGGUAGUCAAAAUACUAACUCAGCACCCCUAACUAUCGACAACACAGCAUGGGCUAAUACUGUCCUUGCCUCCAACACCAUCACAUACGCCGCCAUUAUCUAUACGGGAUCUCAAACACGCGCUGCUCUUUCUACAUCACCUUCACGUUCAAAAGUGGGCUUGUUGGAAUACGAGAUUAACAACCUUACAAAGAUCCUGUGCAUUCUCACCCUCGCCCUCUCUAUAGUCUUGGUCGCGCUGGAAGGAUUUGAGCCAACGAAUGAUAAGGUGUGGUAUGUCGCUAUUAUGAUUUACUUGAUCCUCUUCUCGACAAUUAUUCCUAUGAGUUUGCGAGUCAACCUCGAUAUGGCAAAGUCUGUAUAUGGUCGAUUUAUUGAGCGUGACAAGGAUAUUCCUGGUACUGUGGUUCGUACUAGUACGAUCCCGGAGGAUUUGGGGAGAAUUGAAUACUUGCUCUCCGACAAGACCGGGACUUUGACUCAGAAUGAGAUGGAAUUGAAGAAAAUCCACGUUGGUACCGUGUCCUAUGCUAAUGAAGCAAUGGACGAGGUUGCAUCCUUUAUCCGCCAAGGUUUGGCUGGCAAUGCAUUGACCACACCUUCAACUGUUUUUGGAACCCAAGCUGGUCAAGGAGCGGCACCCCGAACCAGACGAGAAAUUGGUUCUCGCGUCCGGGAUAUCGUCUUGGCCCUUGCUCUCUGUCACAAUGUCACACCGACCACCGAGGAAGAAGAUGGUCAAAAGGUGACCAACUAUCAGGCAUCGUCUCCGGAUGAAAUCGCCAUCGUCCGCUACACGGAAGAGGUUGGACUGAAACUGUCUUAUCGGGACCGACACAGUGUGGUUCUCGAAUCUACUGAUUCCAAACAAGUGGUUGUUCGUGUUCGCAUCAUGGAUAUUUUCCCUUUCACAUCUGAUAGCAAACGGAUGGGCAUUAUUGUCCAGUUCCAGCAGGAUGAAAAUGUACUUGAUGCUGGAAGCAAACCUGAACCCGAAAUCUGGUUCUACCAGAAGGGCGCAGACACUGUCAUGUCGUCAAUUGUCGCGACUAAUGACUGGCUUGAUGAGGAGACUGCAAAUAUGGCGCGCGAGGGUCUACGGACCCUUGUUAUUGGACGCAAACGCCUUUCACUCCAACAGUACCAAGAAUUCUCCAGCAAGUAUAAGCAGGCAUCUUUGUCCCUUCAUGACCGUGAUGCUGGCCUGACCAGGGUUGUGGGUGAAUUAUUGGAACGGGACCUAGAACUCCUUGGUGUCACUGGUGUCGAGGAUCGUCUACAACGCGAUGUCAAGUCUUCUUUGGAGUUAAUGCGCAAUGCAGGCAUCAAAAUUUGGAUGUUGACUGGUGAUAAGGUUGAGACGGCUCGAUGUGUUGCCAUUUCUGCCAAGUUGGUGUCCAGGGGUCAGUACAUCCAUACUGUUUCCAAAGUGACUGAAAAGUCUGCUGCCCAAGAAGCACUUGAUUUCUUACGCAACAAGACGGAUUGUUGUCUGCUGAUCGAUGGUGAAUCCCUGACCCUAAUGCUUGGCCAUUUUCGGUCUGCAUUCAUCUCUGUUGCGGUGCUUCUUCCUGCAGUCAUCGCGUGCCGGUGCUCACCGACGCAGAAAGCCGAGGUCGCCAACUUGAUCCGCCAGUACACCAAGAAGCGUGUAUGCUGCAUUGGUGACGGAGGCAACGACGUGUCCAUGAUCCAAGCUGCCGAUGUUGGAAUCGGUAUUGUAGGCAAAGAGGGCCGCCAGGCCUCUUUGGCUGCCGACUUCAGUAUUACUCAGUUCCAUCACCUGACCAAGCUGUUAGUAUGGCAUGGUCGGAACUCGUACAAACGCUCAGCCAAACUAGCACAAUUCAUUAUGCAUCGUGGACUGAUUAUCAGUGUGUGCCAAACGAUGUAUAGUAUCGCUGGGCAUUUUGAUCCCAAGGGUCUUUUCAUCAACUGGCUCAUGAUUGGCUACGCCACUGUCUACACCAACGCCCCUGUUUUCUCCCUUGUCUUCGAUAGGGAUGUGGACGAGCGACUUGCGAACCUUUAUCCGGAGCUGUACAAAGAGUUGAAGACUGGCAAGAGCUUAAGCUACCGUUCGUUCUUCACUUGGGUCCUCAUCUCGGUCUACCAGGGAGCGGUCAUCCAAGGCUUGUCUCAGAUUUUGUUGGACACCAUCACAGGUCCUCGUCUGAUCAGUGUCUCCUUUACAGCCCUGGUGCUUAACGAACUGGGCAUGGUUGCCAUUGCCAUCACUACCUGGCACCCAUUCAUGAUCAUCUCCCUGAUAGGCACACUGCUCGUUUACGCCGGCAGCGUUCCUUUCCUUGGAGAUUACUUCAACCUCAGCUACGUCAUUACUCUUGACUGGCUGUGGCGCGUUGUUGCCGUAGUCGCCGUAUCACUAGUACCUGUGUGGGCUGGCAAAUUGAUCAAGCAGUCUGUGAAGCCCCCGAGCUACCGCAAGGUGCGUGGCUGA